ACAGCAUAAAUCAUGUUCAGAACAUGGUCCCUGCGAGAGUAAUCUGCGAUCUCAAUGCAUUCUCUUCCGAUGAGCAGGCGUUUGGAAAAUCCCUACCUCGAAAACAAGUGGCAACUCCUUCCACAUUUCCUCAGACUUAUGAACCAACAUAUAGCUUCCUUUGACUACUUCAUCGAGACAGAGAUAAAGAAAGUUGUCGCCGCAGAGCCAAAUCACACAGUGCGCUCAGAGGUUGACCCCAAUUUUUAUUUGUCGUAUACCGAUGUUUAUGUCGGGGUACCUUCCAUCGAAGAGGAUGCUUUCACGAGCACCGCGGCGACACCCUUUGAGUGUCGGUUACGGGAUUGUACUUAUAGCGCCCCGAUCUUCGUUGAUGUGAGGUACCGUCGUGGACCGCAAAUCGUGACCACAAAGAGGGUUCCGAUAGGACGCAUCCCAAUUAUGCUGCGAUCGAGCCAAUGCGUUUUGCACAAUAAAUCAUGGUCGCAACUUGAAGCACUAAAAGAAUGUCCUCACGAUCCAGGAGGUUAUUUCGUUGUCAAGGGUGUUGAGAAAGUCAUAUUGAUGCAAGAACAGCUCUCCAAAAACCGAAUGAUUAUCGAGCUCGACGCAAAAGGAUUUGUGUGUGCAACUAUCACAAGCUCGACUCACGAGCGCAAGAGUAGAUGCUCUAUCGUUGUCAAGCCAACCACACAUGGGCAUCGAGUCUACCUCAAGCACAACACCCUUGGUGACGAUAUACCAGUGGUAGUCAUACUCAAGGCAAUGGGAAUGGAAUCGGACCAAGAGAUUGCAGAACUUGUUUCAUCUGCAGACCUUAAGAUCGCUGAUAUUUUUGUGAAUUCAAUGGAAGAGCCGUGCGCCGCUCACGUGAAGACUCAGAAGCAGGCUCUCGAGUACGUUGGGCAAGCGAUCAGAGCCAAGCAAAAAGCGCAAUCAGUCGAUGGCUCACGCUCCCAGUACCUCCCUCACUCACGCCGGCCCGUUUCUAUAGAGGAUGAGGCUCGUGAAGUUCUCGCCCAUGUUGUUCUCUCCCACGUACCGGUAGAAGACUAUGACUUUGUAGCAAAACGUACCUAUAUUGGUCAUGUUACAAGGCGUGUGCUCGCGGCAUCGUUGGACAAUUCACUGUUAGACGACAAAGACUAUUACGGGAAUAAGCGGCUUGAGCUUGCCGGUCAACUUUUGAGCCUCCUAUUUGAAGACCUCUUCAAGCGUUUCAACGCCGACCUCAAGCGGUCAGCAGAUCUUGUCCUGCAAAAGCAAAACCGCACUGCUGUCUUUGAUAUUGUCAAAUCAACAGUCUGGCGCACUGACACUAUCUCUCAAGGCUUUGUUCACGCUAUAUCCACAGGAAAUUGGGUGCUGAAGCGAUUCAAAAUGGAUCGCGCAGGAGUCACCCAGGUUUUAUCACGCCUAUCGUACGUUUCCGCCAUUGGUAUGAUGACACGCGUGAAUUCCCAGUUUGAAAAGACGCGCAAGACAUCAGGCCCCCGUGCAUUGCAACUCUCCCAGUGGGGCAUGCUUUGUCCCGCCGACACACCCGAGGGUGAGACUUGCGGCCUCGUAAAGAAUCUUGCACUUCUUGCACAUGUGACAACAGAUGCGGAAGUUGAGAAAACAAAGCGUUCAUGCUUUGAUUUGGGAGUUGAACAACUGGGCUAUCUAAACGGUGCUGAACUUAAUUCGCAUCCUGGCGCAUAUCUUGUCUUCCUCAAUGGUCUUGUAAUUGGAGCCUGUCGGAGACCACACAAGUUAGCACGGGGACUGCGAUGCAUGAGACGUUCAAAGAGAAUAGGCGAAUUUGUGUCAGUCUACACGCACACGGUUCAUCGGGCAAUUUACGUCGCCUGCGACGGUGGACGUGUGUGCCGGCCAUUGAUAAUUGCGACGCACGGACAUUCGCGAUUAACCGCGGCUCAACUCGCAACUGCCUUUGCAAAAACUUAUCCCAAUUCCAAUAGCCAAUCAAAGAACGAUGGAGAUCCUAAUCGGUUACAAUCUCAUGCAUCAACGCAAUCUGUUGGUACUUUAGACCACCUUACUACGGUAGGAAUUAUUGAAUACGUCGAUGUCAAUGAAGAGAACAAUUGUUUCAUUGCAUUAGACGAGCGUGAACUCACACCACGCCACACACAUGUCGAAAUCGACCCAGUGACAAUUCUAGGUAUUGUGUCCGGCCUAGUUGCAUUUCCACAUCACAAUCAGUCACCGCGAAACACUUAUCAAUGUGCUAUGGGGAAACAAGCAAUGGGCUCCGUUGCAACAAAUCAGUACGAACGCAUGGACUCACUCUUGUAUUCUCUCGUCUAUCCGCAGAAACCCAUGGUGAAAAGCCGCGUUCUUGACCUUGUUCACUUUGACGCUCUUCCGGGAGGAUGUAAUGCAACCCUAGCAGUCAUGUCUUACUCUGGCUAUGACAUUGAAGACGCAAUAGUACUUAACAGGGCAUCACUUGAUAGAGGGUUCAUGCGAUGUCUUGUGAUCAAGCGGCACCAAGUCUCAAUCAGGCGAUAUGCGAAUGGGGCCUGCGAUCGCACGACUGGCCCACCAUCAAUAGAACUAUUCCUACAAGGUUAUGUGUUUCGCUAUUCCGCUCUUGAUAAUGACGGUAUCUGUCGUGUCGGUGAGAAGCUGCAUGACCAGUCCAUAAUGAUCAAUCGUGAGAUGCCAGUCGAAGAUCGCGAUGAACUCACACCAGCGCUACCAGGUCGAGUCAGUGCGUUUGUUGUUCUGCACUACAAAUCUCCCGCACCGAGUGUUGUGGAUCGCGUUCUUCUAACUGCCAAUGAAACAGAUCAAUUUCUUGUCAAGGUUAUGGUAAGGCAAUGCCGGCGCCCAGAGGUUGGAGAUAAGUUUGCAAGCCGCCAUGGCCAAAAGGGUGUUUGUGGUGCAAUUGUAUCACAGGAGGAUAUGCCAUUUUCCGAUACCGGUGUAUGUCCUGAUGUGAUUAUGAAUCCCCAUGGGUUCCCCAGUCGAAUGACUGUUGGAAAAAUCAUUGAGCUCGUUGCUGGCAAGUGUGGUGUGUGCUCCGGCCGUCAAGCAUACGGGACUGCUUUUGGUGAAAAAACUGGCUCUGCGGAUUGCGCUAGCGAAGCGUCGUGUACCCUCCUCAAACAUGGGUUCUCCUAUAUUGGGAAAGACAUGCUGUACUCUGGCAUUUCAGGAGAGCCACUGAGAGUGUAUGUUUUCAUGGGCCCAGUCUUUUACCAAAAGCUGAAACACAUGGUAAUGGACAAGAUGCACGCUCGCGCGCGCGGUCCUCGAGCACAGCUCACGCGACAACCCACGGAAGGGCGUUCUCGUGAUGGUGGUCUUCGCCUUGGUGAGAUGGAGCGCGACUGUUUGAUUUCAUAUGGUGCAGCAAACUUGAUAACAGAAAGACUAAUGAUUUCGUCUGAUCAAUUUGAUGUGCAUGUCUGCGAGGGAUGUGGUCUGCUUGGAUAUUCAACAGCGCAAAACACGGAGCGAAUCGAUAGCACAUUUACGAGCUGGUGUCAGAACUGCCGGUCAAACGAACAGAUGGCUCGCAUUUGUAUCCCCUACGCCUGCAAACUUCUAUUUCAAGAGCUUCAGAGUAUGAACGUCACACCGCGGCUAAAACUUGAAGACAUGUUGGGCGCGUCGACGGCCCCAGUAAACAAUGGGCCGGUUUCGUCGUGCAGAGCCCUCGUACCAAAUAAGUUGCCAAAAGUCACAGAGACUGCUGACACGCCGCUCUGACACGCAGCCGGCGCGCAGCCCAUGGGCCAGCUUGAGUUAACUAGAAAGAAACCCAACGAAGCUGAGUUUGCGACUUGGCCCGGGCCAGGGACGAGAUCUAAAAUAAAAAUAAAUCAAU